AUGGAUAGAUUAAUCGAGUAUUUGAAUAGAAAAAUUGCAGUGACAGCGACAGAAAUUUCAAAAGAUUUUGGGGUGUCUUUAGGUGAAGCUAGAAAAAUGUUGUUUAAUUAUAUGUCAUUCUAAAUUAAUUACAGGCUAUAAGCUAUAUAUUAUAUUUUAAUAUAAAUAUUUCAUUAUAAAUCUGCAUAUACAAAAUUAUGAAAGUAAUUUCAACUGUAUUUAUUCAUCUUUUGAUCCUUCAAAUAGGAAAUUUUCUUUAAUUACUGAAGAGCAAAUGUUUAAUUGCAGCAUGUGCGAAAUCGAAGUUUAUGGUAUCGUCCGAGAAAAUUAUGAUAAAAUAACCCUCCUCACAAAUUCCUACAAGCUAAGAGACGAUCCUCCUCUUGGAAAUCACAAAAAAGGUGUCUUAGUUAGCACCCUCCCAGUAGUAAAAAUCGAAAAUCGUAUACAAAAAGAUGGAACCCCUGCAAUCACAACAGGUAAAAAAUUAAAAAGAAAUUCCCUUGAUUUUUAUUUUAACCCUCCAAAACGAGUAAAACCGAACUGCGAACUGUCCAUUUCUGAUAUAAAAAGACAGGUAAAAUUAAACAAUGAUGGGAAAUUAGUAUUAGAAGAACACAUUACUUAUGAAGAACAAUAA